CGCAGAUUAGUGCGUAUCUAAAAGGGAGCAAAUAUUGGAAGUAGGGGAAACCAGAUAUGAUAUCCUUCACAACACAACCUUAUCCUUUCCAAUUGCUAAGUUAACUCUCAUCAAUAUCUCAUUCCUAUUCCUAUGUCUUAAGUCUUAGGAUUAUUUUCUUUUCUACUCAAAACAAAACAUGUCUCACACCCCACCCAGCUAAUCUCCCCCUUCAACACAACAACAUAAUGGUUGCAACUGCCGCCACAUUUUUCAAUCCACUAUUUCUUCACACGCAUGGUAGGGUUAACAUAUGGGCACUAAGCAGGAUUAGCUACUUAAGUGGAAAUGUGAAGUCUAGGUUCCCUAUUUAUAGAUCAGAAAUUCAUCAUCAGGUUCAUUACUUUUCACACCUUGCACCUAUAUGUGCAACCUUUAAGGAACCCAAGGGGUUUGGUCCUACCCCAAAGAAAAAGAAGAAGAGCAAGAAGAUGAGAAGGGAUUAUGAAGAAGAAGAUGAUGAAGAAGAAGAGGAGGAAGAAGAACCAGACAGGGGAGUUAUUCCUGAAGUAGUGACCAACAGAAUGAUGAGCAGAAUGGCAGUGUCUGUAGGAAUUCCACUGGGUAUUGGGCUUUUGUUUUUCCCAUUUUUCUACUAUCUCAAGGUUGGGUUGAAGAUUGAUGUGCCCACUUGGGUGCCAUUCAUUGUGUCCUUCUUUUUCUUUGGGUCUGCUCUGUUGGGUGUGAGUUAUGGGAUUGUGUCCUCCAGCUGGGACCCACUGAGGGAAGGGUCCUUCUGGGGUUGGACUGAGGCCCAAAAGAAUUGGCCUGUUUUUUGGCAGUCCCUUAGAGGUGGUGAAUCUAGGAAGAAUUAGCCCAUUCUUUCUUUAGCCCUUUAAAUGUUUGACCCUUUUGUUUCAAUGCAUAUUGUAUCUGGCCAGCACUCUUGGAGGUUGUUUGGUAUGAGUUAUAAAACAUCUCUAAAAUUCUCUUCUC